CGAACCGGAAACGGAAGAGAGAGCGAGCGAAAGAAGAAGAAGAAGAAGAAGAAGAAGAAGGUUUAUUUCGACUCGUUUGCUUGAGUUAUUGAUACAUUGUAGCCGUCCGUGUGAACUUUAAAAAAAAAAACAAUGUUACAUUCAUAUUUGAAUUGUAAUAUCAUUGCAAUCCAGAACAUUGAUCGCUGAAAAGAAAAAGCAAUGAAACGAAGGCCUUUUCUUUUUUUUCUUUUUUUUUUUUAAAAAAAAAGCUUUUACUUUGAUCGUGUUACAGGAAAUGGCUGCUCGGGUAAAGACGCGCGGGUUUCAUUAGGUUGUAAUUCGGAAUUCAGUGAAAAGAGCUCAAACAAGCUUGCUUCUCGGAAAACGACUGGGCGACAAAGCGGGGAUUUUCGGGCACUCCGUGAACUGCGGCCGCUACCAUCUCCAAUGCUCGGUGUCUUUUUAGGUAGAAGAUCAUUUGAGCGGUUAAAGAUGGUUUACUAGUCGCUGUUUACUAUUGUUUGGAUUUGACCACACGUUGAGACUACGAUACCCUCAGCAUAUGGCAGAAUGAACUGGCUGCCUCGUUGCCUAAAUGUGAUGUUCCUGCUUCACUCUGUGCUUGGUGCACUCCCUGUGCCAUCUAAUCUGUCCGUUGUAUCGGUGAACUUCCAUCACAUCCUGCAUUGGGAUCCUGGGCCUGCCACCCCACCAGGAGUACAGUACAAGGUCUUUUCCAGGUUAAGCGGAAAAAGGGAGAAAGAAACACAGAGUGUCUACACAACUGCAACAUCUUUACAGAUGAAGUUGGACAAAUAUAAGUAUUAUUUGACUGUGCAAGCAUUCUACAACGGAACCUCGUCUCCAGAGUCUGAAGACAUCUCCUUCACUCCUUUAGAACAAACUAUAAUAGGUCCUCCAAAAGUAAUCCUGACUGAAUACAACAACAGCAUUCAAAUCAACAUAUCACUGCCUGAGGCUGACAAAAGCUCAGGAAUACCAAACAAUGACAUCCUGGCCUUCUACAAAGGGAAGUUCAGAAUCUUGUGGAAGAAAUCUAACAAUAUUGAGGAGGUCCACACAACUGAAGACAGAAGUGUUACUUUUGACAACUUAGAGAAGGGCAAACAAUACUGUGUACAGAUUCAAAUUGAGAUUACGAUGAAUGAAAAUACUCCGCCAUCAGCCUGGGUAUGCACCAUCACAAGAAUUCCUGUUCCUCGCAGAGUACCUGUUUUUCUCGGCACAACUGCUGGUCUUCUGAUUUUUUGCAUUGGUGCCCUGAUGGCAUUGACAUAUUGUCUCUACGACAUUGGAGUCCUUUGUAAACCUCAAGAAAAUCUCCCAAGGGUGCUAAUUACGACCCUCAACCAUGCUAACUUUCUGCCAGUAGAGGAAACGAGCCCUGAUCUGAUCUCAAAUUGCUCUGUUAUACACAAACAAAAGUACACCACAGCAUUAUAUCCUGCCCACAGGACCACAUACUCAGGGAGGGUAGAAGAAAAGGUGGAGGAGGAAGAGGAAGAAAGUAAUAUCUACAUUAACAGAGAUUCUGGAAAUUCCUCAGGGGAAAGUACCUGUCGUUAUUCUUGUGACGUAUUCAGGACCUUUUUGUCUGUGAGGUCACACACUGAAGCAGAUACAUCGAAUGUGUCGUCUGAUAAAUCGGCGCUGGAUCAACCGGAGACGAGGGUUGACAAUGAAGACACUAUGUGUCGGCAGCCAGAAACGGAAGUCGAGGAGCAACUCCUAUUUCAAUUGGAAGGGGAAACGAACGAGGACGCUGUCAACAUGUCUGAAAGUGUCGACCUGUUGUCGGUGACUCUGAAUGCUAUCGUCAACUGCAAGAAAGAGGAACUAAAUACUGAAGAUUCACUUGUUGAUUCUUUGGGACUGUCUGUUAAGGAACCUUUGUUAACAGCCACGAAGCAAAAUUUGUGCCACACAGACGUGCAAACCGACUGGGGUGACUUGACAUCAAUGAAGUGUACACACUUUGAUGAGACUUGCUAUGAGUACAGGUGUGAUGAUGUUGAGACGCAAGAGGAGUUGGAAGAAAAGCAAUUCUUAGCGUAUAUAGGACGCUGAUAUACGACGGCAACAGUGUUACAUAUAUUGCUGUGAAUUCAAAAGGUUUUUUAUUUGGUGCUUGGAAAAGAACAGGCUCUAUAAAUAGAGGCAAAAUUCCCGUCACCAAUUUCCAUCUCAGCUUGAGCCCUCUCCCUUCUCAAUAUGUGCAACUCCCAUUUCUCCUUGCUUUGUGUCCAACAUCUCGUACAACCCGUAGUACACGUUGUGUUUGGCCCUUGCCACCUCCCUCUUCGCCGGCCUCCCGUGCCCGCUACUUGUAAAACCUCUUUUUUUGGUACAAUUUCCCGUUUUCCUGUAAGAUAUUUUCCAGUGGCCUGUAACGGUUGUACCAUGUCACAGAGAACCUGGGGAGCCUGGCCAUGUAAGCACUUCCAAAUAAGACUGGAGUUUGGAGAUGCAGUGUAGUUGUUUCAGGACAUGACAAGGGUAUAUGAUCUUGUGGGCCUUUCCCCCCAAUAUUUUUAAUGCACGAUUGUAAAGUCUCUCUAAAGGUUUGGUCACAUCUUCACUUGCCUGUGACCAUGAGGGCGCACAAUAAACGAGUGACAAAAUCACUGCGUACGUAAAUGUUUCGGCUGUGUCAACAAUUAAGUUUGUGAUCAAUCUAAAUCAGGGGUGCCCAAACUUUUUGGCUCAGGGGCCACAUUGCCGUAAAAAAAUUGUCAUGCGGGCCAGCAUUAAUUUUACAUGCUACCGACGAGGGGAAUGCUUUUUUUUUGUAUUUGUAUUUUACUGUUUUACUAUGCUGUCAGCUGCUAGGUGCCUGACCUGGAUAAAUGAAGGUUAAAAUAAAAAUGAAUGAAAUGCAAAAUAAAGUAUUUUUAUGAAAUUUGA